UCCAGGGAAAUUGAAUAUUUAGUAAGCUUGGUUCUCCGUGAAAUUUUUGUAGAUAGUGAAGCUUGAGAGAAGUAAAAUCCAGAAGAGAGAGUUCUUUUUUUUUUGUAACUUGGCAUAUAGAGAGAGUUCUUUUUUGGUUUGUUUAUCCUUAUGGAAGAUAAGGGAAAGGGUCUUGUGGUGGGAGAAGAUGAGGAAAACUCGUUGUCUGUGUCAGAAGGGGGUCCAAGCAAUAUGGAAGUAGAUGGUAGUGAUGAUAACUAUGAUGAUGACGAAGACAGUGAUGAAGGAUGCCAGGUAGAUGAUGAUGAUGAUGAUGAUGAAGCCGUAAGUGUAAUUCCGACCACAUUCGAACGCCUUGAAUAUGAAACUCUGGCUGAGAAGAAACGCAAAGCACUUCUUGAUUCUCAACGUGAUGGUUCAGAGAAGAGAGGCAAGUAUGAUGCUAUUAACACUACCUCGAACGGAUUCAAGGAACUCGUCUUUACUGUCCCCCGACGAAGGAGAAGGAAGAAUAAAAAAAGGGGUAGACGACAGGGGUCAAACAAACAAGUUUCACCCGAGAUUCGUAAGAGGUUGAGUGAGGCUCUUUUUCUUCACGCAGAUAAUAAAGACAGUGAGGCUUUUCCAAUUUUAUUUGACAUUAUUAAGCAAGCACCAGCCUUCGGUCAAGCUUAUUAUCACCUAGCACUUGUACCUGACAACCUUGGUAAGACCGACUCAUUGUCUACUGAAGCAUUGAUGGCUGCUGCAUAUAUAAAAGGUCCAAAAUCACAUGUUUGGAAGUUGCUUUACGACAGGGCCAAGGAACAAGGGAACAUGGUUUUAGCAAGCGAUUAUGUGUCCAAAGCAGUACAAGCAGAUCCUGAGGACAUCGAUCUGAAAUAUGAAUAUGCAGACCUCUGCCUAAGUGCUGGGAAAUAUAAAGAAGCUGCUGAAACCUAUGAGAAAAUAUUUCGUCGGCAUCCUGAGAUAAUUGAGCCACUCAAGAGGGGGACAGAGUAUUUUCUAAAAUCCGGCAAGGGUGAACGAGCAGCAAACAUGUUAGAGGAUCAUAUAAAAUCUCAUCCAUCUGAAGUGGGGCCCGAUAUCUUGGAUCUACUGGCUGAUGUUUUGAUGCAAAUUAAUGCGUAUGAUAGAGCUCUUAAGUAUAUUCAUGAUGUGCGCCAAAUUUACAAUCUAGGAAAGGAACUGCCUUCCAGCUUAAAAAUCAGACAAGCCAUCUGCCAUGUUCGCCUUGAAGAAAUGGAGCAAGCAGAGGUUUGUGUAUAUAAGAAUAUGUCAACUAAAUCUCCUAUAUUCUUGGAUAGUUAG